AAUGAUUUUCAGAUCAUUAAAAUAAAAAGUUCUGCUGAGCUGAUCUCACUGUGGUUCUGAUACCAUCGUCGUCAUCAUCAUCAUCAUCAUCAUCAUCAUCAUCAUCAGAAGAAGAAGAAGAAGACCACCCUGUCCUUUCAGCGAUGACGUCAAAACAAACAAACCCACGUGAUCUCUUGGUUCGGGCUCGCGCUGAGUGGGUUGUGUCCUGCGUGGCCGGGGCGGUUCUGGUUUUAAACACGCUGGGCUGAACCCCGCGGAUGAACUCAGUUUAAACACCCGAACCGGUUCUGAUGGGUCUGCUGCUGAAAUGAGAAAGCUCGGAUCCAGAGGGACUUUCGGUACCGAAGGAUAAUGGGCAUCACGUUCACGCGUGGAUCCGUUUCCACGAUGGGGUGGACACCUCUGUCCUAGGCUGAAGGACCGGGCCCGGGUUCGGUUCUGGGGAAAGUUUGGAGCAGAAGUAUGAACCCGAGAGACGCGCUGCGUGUCUGGCUGCUGAUCCUGGCAGCAGAGUCCAGCUGCGGGCUUCCCACGGACCGGAACACGGAGUCCAGUCCUCAGAUCAGAGCCGAGGAGCAACCAGAAAACCUGCUGCAGACGCUUCCUCUUCCAUCUUCCUCCACCUCCACACAGAGCUGGCCCCAGCAGCCGGACCUCCACCCUUCACCUGCAACCGAGGGGGAGGAGCCUGGAGCCUUCGUCCUGGAUCUGAGGAACUUCCCUGAUCUGGCCAACGCUUAUGUGGGCUCCCAGAACCCCAACAUCCAGGUGACCAUUGAGGUGAUGGAGGACUCCCAGACUGAGGUGGAGAUGGACCUGGCCAAGGAGAACCAGCGCAGCGAUUGGUCCGUGUCGCCGUCUGAGUGGAUGAGCAGGAAGCUGUUCUGGCCGUUAUUCUGGGAGAGCGGGCUGGCAGGAACCGGGCCAGAGGACUACGGCUACGCCCCGGCGGACGCUGUGCUGGGUGGAGUGGGAGCAGACGGGUGGAGCAAAGACGGAGAGACCAAAGACGACUUCGAGAACGAAGAGUGGAGCGACUGGGCCCCGUGCAGCACCACCUGCGGACCUGGAUCUCAAAAACGAACGCGGUCCUGCGGCUACGGCUACGGCUGCACGGCAACAGAAUCACGCACAUGUGACCUGGACAGCUGUUCCAGCGCUGUGGUCUCAGAGACCGAGGCGACAUCGCUCCACCAGUUCAACAUCACCGACUCCAGUGUGGACAGCUGUGAAAAGUGGCUGAGCUGCAGGAACGACUUCCUCCAGAAGUACCUCCACCAGGUGCUCACCCAGCUGCCCUCCUGCCCCUGCUCCUACCCCUCCGAGGCCGUCUACGGCGCCAUCAGCAUCCCGGACCGCAGGCUGCGCAGGACGUACCGCUGGAGAGACGCCAGCGGACCCAAAGAACGGCUGGACGUCUACAAACCUUCGGCCCGGUUCUGUGUCCGCUCCAUGCUGUCCUACGAUGGCCCGACGCUGGGGGCGCAGCACUGUUGCUACGACGACCGGACGAGGCUGAUCACACGCGGCAAAGGCGCCGGAGCGCCGGACCUGAUCGGCGCCGAGUUCUCCCCGGAGCUGCAUUACCAGGUGGACGUCCUGCCCUGGAUCCUGUGCAAAGGGGACUGGAGCCGGUUCCACUCUGCCAGGCCGCCCAACAACGGGCUGACCUGCCCGGACAACCCAGCCGAACCGGCGUUCCAGACGGAGCUCAGAGAGGCCCAGGAGUACUGAAGGCCGGUUCCGAGAGACAGAACGACCUGACCAAGCCUGAAACCGUCGGACCUGAGCAGCUGUGUGUGUGUGUUGGGGUGUGUGUGUGUGUGUGUGUGUGAGAGCUUAUUUAUUAUCCAGGGAACAUUUACUAUGGAGGACAUUUGUAUCAUAGAGCAGCUCAACAGGAAGCAUGUUAUGGUAACUGUAAAAUGUCUUUAUUAUUAUUAUGAUUAGGAUUAUUAUUAUACGAGUGAACACACAAUUAUUUCUUUGUACUUUUGAGUUUCUGUGCGAUGAAUUUUUUGCAUAGUGAUAAAAACUCUUGCUACAAAAUGGAGCCGUGUUUCCCUCAGCCUGCUGGUUGGUCAUGUUGUGACGUCAUGGCCUGCAGUGCGUCCCAGUUUUCCAUGUCUGGUAUAUAACCAUUCAUUGUAGCUUUUAAACUGGUGAUACUGGUCCUGUGUCCAGACAGUGGAUGGUCAGUAGGACCAGUAGUUCUGAAGCCUGUUUGUUCUGAAGAUCCUGCAGCUUCACUUGGUCUUCCUGACAUGGCGCCAGGAACCUCUGAGCUCUGUUAAGAUAAAACUACAUCUUCUGAAGUUUAGAUAUUGACCUCAAACCAGACGUUGGACUGGAUUUUAUUUCAAUGUCAUUUGUGAAUGUUGCUCCUGAUUUUCCACAGUGGAGCUAGAAAGGUUGAAAAAGGUUUUGGAGAAAGUUUCAUCAAUGUGACCCUAAACACAGAUGACUGGCCAAGUCCGGAGGUCACUGCAGUGAAAUUGAUUAAGCUUUUCUUCACAUGAACAAAGAUGGCAGGUGCAGAAUAUAUACAAAGACGUCCAAAGCAGGUUAAGAUCAGACACAGCAGGACCUUCAGUGGAAGAGUCCAUCACCUUCAGCGGGAUUUCUCAGGAGUCUGACCACAGAGCUCCGCUUUUAAAGCCACAGGCUCCGCCCACAGGAAGUCCAAAAACUAAGCAAUUACUUCUAACUCAAAUAAAGUCUUAAAGUAUACAAAAAAUAAUAAUAAUCAGAGAAAAAUAAAUAAAUAAUCUUGUAUUCAAAAAUACAAUACUGAGUUUAAUAGAAAACACUCGGUACGUUCUGAUGACGGCUGUCGAGACGGUCGGGUUAAAGCAGAAAUGAGAAUAAAUGAAACGGAGCGACACCAGCGUAGAAAAGAAACGGAGCGACACCAGCGUAGAAAAGAAACGGAGAGACACCAGCGUAGAAAAGAAACGGAGAGACACCAGCGUAGAAAAGAAACGGAGCGACACCAGCGUAGAAAAGAAACGGAGCGACACCAGCGUAGAAAAGAAACGGAGAGACACCAGCGUAGAAAAGAAACGGAGAGACACCAGCGUAGAAAAGAAACGGAGCGACACCAGCGUAGAAAAGAAACGGAGCGACACCAGCAGAAAAGAAACGGAACGACACCAGCGUAGAAAAGAAACGGAACGACACCAGCGUAGAAAAGAAACGGAGCGACACCAGCGUAGAAAAGAAACGGAACGACACCAGCGUAGAAAAGAAACAGAGCGACACCAGCAGAAAAGAAACGGAACGACACCAGCGUAGAAAAGAAACGGAGAGACACCAGCGUAGAAAAGAAACGGAACGACACCAGCGUAGAUGGAAUGCUCCAGAAGAUAAACAUGAGAACAUCAGACAUCAGAGUGUAACAGGUGACACCAUCAGGUGGCGCUCUCUCUCCAGCCUGAGCCGCCAUACAAGGGAAGCUGGAAGGUGGAGUUCAGGUGCCAAUUUCCCGUGUUAGACCAGGUGUGUGUUGGGCCCCAGGUGUGUGUUGGGCCCCAGGUGUGUGUUGGGCCCCAGGUGUUUGCUGGCUGUGGACUGUAUUGCUGAUGGUGUUCGGUUGGUGGCGUUACCUGGGCCUGGGUGUUCGACGCCGCAGGUUUGCACCAGUUCGGCUAUACAAAGGUUUGAUCUGGGAGGGUUGAUUUAUGCGAUGCAGUUUUUGCACCGCCUCCUGCUGUCCUUUUAGCGUUUGGGUUUUUUCUCCUUUGUUAGUCCGCCCAGUUAGGAUCGUUUUUCUGCUUGUAGUACUUGUGAGGGCGGGCUGACAAUUUUUCAUUCAUUUUGUUUGUUUUGUGGCACUUCCCUGAAUUCUUCCAUCCUGUUUGGCAUGAUCCCCAUGUCGGGUUGACAACAACGGAUAAAGCUAGCGGGGAAUCCUUUAUGUAUUUAACAAUAAAUAUCAAUAAUUAACUUAAUUCCGGUUGCUGAUUAUUACGCUUUGGCUUGCCCAAGCUAUAACAAGAGCAUCAUCUGCUGCUGUUGGAGAGAAUCAGGUAAAGAUGAAAGAAAAUAUUCACAUUACUCAUUGUCUGGGUCCUCCAACGACCAGCAGAGGGCGCCACUAUGAUCCGCUUCACCAACAGAACAUCCUGUGUGGAAACAGCCCAGAGCAGCAGCUCUGCAGGACAACAGACUGAGGGUCACUGAGGAUUUCACCGCAGCUGACGAGGCUCUGCCAGGAAAAGUGUGGCCAUUAAUGGAGGAAGGAGAAAAGGCCACUCUGCUGGAGUUCGCCUGAUCACUGAGGGAAAAGAAGUCCAGUCGCCGCUGUCCCCAACCGGACAGAACCUCAGUCCUUCCUUAUGGACACAACAAGCCCUUCAUAACCAGCAAGAUCUCAGGUUCUGCUCAGAUGGUCACCUACAAAACCUACACUUUUAAUAUUUGGAUCCUUUUCUAUCUUCUAAUCCUUGUUUGUCUAUUUUCAUGAUCUUAAUUCACUCCAAGGUCUAAGAAUGAAUUCUCUGUUUUUUAUUGAAUCCUGCUUGAUGUGUUCUGCUCACUACAUGGUUAAGUCCAGUCUCAGCUUCCCUGUGCAUUUCAGCACUUUUUAUAUCAAUUUGAGUUUAUUGUCCUUUAUAGUUAUUAAUGCAGCCAUAUUGUUCCAAACUGCAAGUUUCUCCUAAGUGUUACCGUCUGACAUGCUGAGUCACUUUAGCUCCAUCUGUUCACGGUUUAAAUCCCACCAUUCGGGAUCUG